GUGCGGACGUACGGUGCUCGACCCCUGCGUCUCUGCCUCUCCUAGACUCCAGUCCAGGCUUCAUCCGUCCACUUCUCUCGGCUCGGCUGCAGCUCCCCUCUAGCAGUCUAGCUAGGCAGCUAGGUAAUUAUAUUGGCCGCAUCCAUAUACAGGGACACAUGGUGACCGGUAGGAACAAGGAGCACAGUAUAUUCGCGAUGAGGUUUUCUGCUAUGAUCAAUCAGCCGAACAAACAGACGGACGAACUGCACCUGCUGUCAGCCGUUGAUCUGACGAGCAGUCUCGAGUAUGAUCUUCUCGAUACACAAGGGGCAUGGGAGCUAGAAAACGAGGAUAAGCAGGACCCAGUACGAAGCAACACCAGCCGCCGCCGCCGGCGGUUGUCCUUCUACCUCGCGGUCCGCAAGGGCCGGUUCGCGAGGUACAGCCUCCUCAUCGGCAGCCGGUACGGCGUGUGGUCCGCGGCGGAGCGUCGCUUCAUCAAGAGAACAAACUUCUACCACUACCACCACAUUACCCAGGGGAUCAGGGACGUGAGACUGGCCUACAGCGUCGUCAUCGUAGCCGGCUUCUAUGGCGUCCGUAGGCAUAGCACCCUGGGCUUCCUCUGCAAGCUCCUCUGCAAGCUCCUCGUCAACCCCCGCCGCGCGGUGCAGAUCAUGCGUGCGCUCUUGUUCUACUACCAUGUGUUCAUGGCGAUGGACUGCCGCAUGGAGUGCUGGCCCGCCGACAUGGGCGGCAAAGACAGGAGGGACGAGCUGAGCUCCGUGAGGCAUAGGCUGAUGGACGUGUACCGGAGACGCAUGACUCCUGCACAGAAGCAACGCGUCCUGGUGAUAUACGAGCGUCAUAGUAGGGACCUCAGGUUUGCUUUGGGCUUGAUCUUCAUGGUGCCGCUGGUGCUCUUUGUAAUCAUUGCUUGGCUUCUUUAUUAUUAUUGGUGAAUUAGAUCAAUCUUAAAAUAUCGCUCUUACUUGAGGAAAUUCCAUACAUACUACCGGGAAAUUAUCCAUAUGGUUAAAUGCUACUAAAACGUUAUGGGUUCCAGAUAUAUACCACUCGAAUUUGCAGUGGGUAAUUUGCCACUUCCUCAGAUGUCUUGGUGUUACCGUGGCUGAAUCAAAACCUAGACAAAAAAAAUUCCGUGUCUGACGUGAGUUGAACCUUGAUGCUUUUGAGCAUGUAUUGUUGUGAUAACUGUUAAAUGUUGUUGAAUUUGGAUUAUGUGCUGCUCAUAUUUGUUAUGAAAAUUGUGAUGCUAAGCUAGAUAA